UAAUCCUUCUUCCUUCCUAAGUCCUAACUAAAAAUGGAGAUUCAGUUUUCUAACUUAGUUGGAUUCUUGCUCUUUCUCUCCAGCAUUUUCCUUUUAUUCAAAAAAUGGAAAACCAGAAAACUAAAUUUGCCUCCAGGUCCAUGGAAAUUACCUUUUAUUGGAAGUUUACACCAUUUGGCUGUGGCAGGUCCACUUCCUCACCAUGGCCUAAAAAAUUUAGCCAAACGCUAUGGUCCUCUUAUGCAUUUACAACUUGGACAAAUUCCUACACUCAUCAUAUCAUCACCUCAAAUGGCAAAACAAGUACUAAAAACGCACGACCUCGCUUUUGCCACUAGACCAAAGCUUGUCGUGGCCGACAUCAUUCACUACGACAGCACGGACAUAGCAUUUUCUCCGUACGGUGAAUACUGGAGACAAAUUCGUAAAAUUUGCAUAUUGGAACUCUUGAGUGCCAAGAUGGUCAAGUUUUUUAGCUCGAUUCGCCAAGAUGAGCUUUCGAAGAUGGUCUCGUCUAUACGAACGACACCCAAUCUGACGGUCAAUCUUACUGACAAAAUUUUUUGGUUUACGAGUUCGGUAACUUGUAGAUCAGCUUUAGGGAAGAUAUGUGGUGACCAAGACAAAUUGAUCAUUUUUAUGAGGGAAAUAAUAUCAUUGGCAGGUGGAUUUAGUAUUGCUGAUUUUUUCCCUACAUGGAAAAUGAUUCAUGAUAUUGAUGGUUCGAAAUCUAGACUGGUGAAGGCACAUAGUAAGAUUGAUGAAAUUUUGGGAAAUGUAGUUGAUGAGCACAAAAAGAACAGAGCAGAUGGAAAGAAGGGUAAUGGUGAAUUUGGUGGUGAAGAUUUGAUUGAUGUUUUGCUAAGAGUUAGAGAAAGCGGAGAAGUUCAAAUUCCUAUCACAGAUGACAAUAUCAAAUCAAUAUUAAUCGACAUGUUCUCUGCGGGAUCUGAAACAUCAUCGACGACUAUAAUUUGGGCAUUAGCUGAAAUGAUGAAGAAACCAAGUGUUUUAGCAAAGGCACAAGCUGAAGUAAGGCAAGUUUUGAAGGGGAAGAAAGGUUUUCAACAGAUUGAUCUUGAUGAGCUAAAGUAUCUCAAGUUAGUAAUCAAAGAAACCUUAAGAAUGCACCCUCCAAUUCCUCUAUUAGUCCCUAGAGAAUGUAUGGAGGAUACAAAGAUUGAUGGUUACAAUAUACCUUUCAAAACAAGAGUCAUAGUUAAUGCAUGGGCAAUCGGACGAGAUCCUAAAAGUUGGGAUGACCCUGAAAGCUUUAUGCCAGAGAGAUUUGAGAAUAGUUCUAUUGAUUUUCUUGGAAAUCAUCAUCAAUUUAUUCCAUUUGGUGCAGGAAGAAGGAUUUGUCCGGGAAUGCUAUUUGGUUUAGCUAAUGUUGGACAACCUUUAGCUCAGUUACUUUAUCACUUCGAUUGGAAACUCCCUAAUGGACAAUGUCAUGAAAAUUUCGACAUGACUGAGUCACCUGGAAUUUCUGCUACAAGAAAGGAUGAUCUUGUUUUGAUUGCCACUCCUUAUGAUUCUUGAUUUAUUUAAGUAGUUGCAGAAAUAAAAAGCCGGGGCAAACAGAAAAAAGUAUUGCUGCUUCUAGGUAUUUUCUAUUGGAAAAUUUUCAAAAUUCAUCCACAAUAUAUAGUGUUAUAUCAUAUAUGUGUACUCAAUAAGUGUUUGGGGCUAUUAUAUUACAAAUAAAUAAAGGUUUUCCUUUUUACAUUUGUAUUUAAA